CCGAUUUCGAUUUACCAAAAUGCAACACUAUGUAUUUUACUUCGUUAAACGGAAAUAAAGACGUUUUCCUUUCCUCUUAAGUGCUGGAACAAUAACGAUCAAUUCUUAAGUUUUGUGGAUUCAUAUAUUUGAAUUUGUAUAAAUAUGCCGCGGGAAAUUAAAGAAGUAAAAGAUUUUCUCAAUAAGGCACGCCGUUCAGAUGCGCGUGCUGUAAAAAUCAAAAAGAAUCCCACAAACACCAAAUUUAAGAUCCGUUGUUCGAGGUUCCUAUACACUCUUGUCGUACAGGAUAAAGAAAAAGCUGACAAAAUUAAGCAGUCUUUGCCGCCAGGACUACAAGUAAAGGAGGUGAAAUAAUUACUAAAUAAACGCAAUGCAUCAUUUCUACUGCAAAGGACUGCAUUUCGGUUCGCGAUAUAUUUGUGGCUGAACAAUAAAAUGAAUUGAUAGCACCUAA